AUGGUCACUUCAACUUCUACCCCAAUGGUCUCUUUGACAUCUGGGAUCCGCGAGAUUUGCACCGACUUUGAAUGCUGUCUGGAGGCCCACAUCCUGCACCUCCGGUUGUCGAAUAAAGCCCAAGGAUCCUCCAAUGCAUACAGCUUUGGAGAUUGUUUUUUUACUUUGGUCACGCAUAAAAGGAGCAAGGCCCACAAGGAUGUGAAAGAUAUUGUGUUUUACCAUGAUCCUGAAGAUACUGUCCCACUAUUCCCUGCCCAGCCUACUACUCUCAUAGGCUCAGAUGCCUUCUCUGUGUUACUGAAGGCUGGUCACAAACCAGUGCCAGUUACAGCUGGUUCUCGACGAUCUGUUUGCACUUCCAACACUACUGAACUUCAACCAGCUUGGAAAAAGGUAGUAUCAUCCACAUCAUCAGAUGAAGACGAUAGCCUUGAUGACAGUGAUGCUGGCAAUGACACUGAUCCUCUGGAGCCUGACACUGACCACCCUGACACCAAAGAAGAAGCUGAACUUGAUGACAACACUGAACCCAAGGGCGUAGCUGAGAAAGCUACUUUGGGAAAGAGCGAACAUACCGCUGACAUUUACACAACCUUCACUUGCCAUGAAACACACUGGGUAUGCAACCCUUGCAACAAAAAGAACCACUUUCAACUCUACAAGGCUUGCUGCCAAGCUGCGGGAAUCACAAUGCACCCUCAUGCUAUUCCAGCUGGCAAAGAUCAGGCCCUGUGA